UUUGUGUCCAAGAUACCGAGGCUCUCCAAGACAUACGACUUUGUGAGUCAUGCAGUUUGUCAGGAUCUGCAUGCUUUCUCCAUUGGAGCCAAACCAACUUUCUCUCUAAAGGAGAUACAUGUUCCUGCCGAUUCAGGUGAUGAGUGGUAUCGUUCCCUCUGCGUCCAGGAGUCAGUUGCUGGGGUGUCCACACAGAAGCUCCUAGACUUUGGUAACAUAUUCACUGUUCCAACUACUGAUAUCCGCCAAAUGCUUCCAGAGUUCCUCAACUUUCCGGCAUUGGGGCUUGCAUGUGAAAUCAAAGGAUUACCAUCUGAGCUGAGCCCUGAACAGAAAGCGAAAUUAAAGAGCCUGUUGGCUGUAGAUGGAACAAUGAAGGUGACUUUUGAAUCUGAGGAAGGAGACUAUUACAACAUCAACAUCCCAGCACUCACCACUUCUUUACUGAGUUAAUAUGUACUAUAAACUUACUACCUCCCCUCACUAACUGUACAAUAGCCUUACUAUGUUCCUUUGUAAACUGCCCAAUAGUCUGGACCUCCUCUCCUGUGAAUUAAGAUCUUAAAAGUGCUGCUUUAAGUAACAGUUCCUAAUCCUACAAAAUCCAGUUUUCUUUGGGAAAUUAUUCAUUAUCAUGUUAAAUCUAUUCUAAUAUUGACUGAAAUAACUCUUUUGAGUUUACUACAACCAGUCUCUUACAGACAAAUCUGUAUAAUACCACUCAUUCAUUAUUCUUAUAAUCUAUCUGAUAAUGAUACAGAAUCACAAACAACUAUGUAUUUCCUUAUUUAAGAAUAUUGUGAACAGAAGUUUCACUUUAUGACUGACUUUUUUUUGCAGUAAUGACAAGUAUUAGUGCAUUCGUCAAACAGUUUGUAAUUCUUAUUAAAUUUGUCAAAUUGGUAUUUUAUUUAAUUUCUGAAAUAUUUUAUAAAACUGAAUAGAAAACAUCCAUAUAUGUGCCUUAUGGUUAUAUUAUGUUUUCACGUCUUUGUUCUUGUAUAUAUUUUAAUUACUAAAUGAGUAAACAAGAUCAUACCGCUUUUGAUCUGAUCUUUUUUAUAUUGUGUUAACUAUUACUCUUAACCACAGUGAACUUUUGAUUUAGACUAAGAAAUUAUUAAUAUUUUGUACAUUUAGAUUGUAUUGUAAUUAUGAGAGUCUAUAAGUGUUUUAUUAAGAAUUGUUCAUUUAUUUCUCAAAACUUUGUAAAUAGUUCAAUAAGGUUCUGUUACGAGGCGUGUUUUUUUAAGUAAGUACUGUUAUUAAAUGUAUAUAUAAAACAACCAAACUUAUUGUCACAAUUUUUUUGUGAAAGCCCAUACAUCUGCAUAAUUGCCACCUAUAUUACUUAUCACAUCAUAAAACAACUUUGAUUUACUGUUGUUGUAGAAUUUAUCUGAUUUAACAGCGAUUGCAACACAAUCGUAUUGUUUUCAUCGCAGUGCUGACCUUCAAAAUGCUUCUUCAGUUGCAAAGACACGUGGUAGUUAUUGGGCUCUAGAUUAGAGCUGUAUGGAGGAAAAUUAUCAAACUGUUCCUUGCCAAAUGUUGUGGUGAAGUCUUCAGUUAGUUUUUAGUCAUUAUCUUGCAACAGAACAAUCCUUUCGACAGUUUAAACAUUUAAUAAUGCAGAACACAUCUUGAGACAAGAAAAUCUUCUGGUAAUCAAGAAAUUUUGAAACGUCUGUUUAUUUUCACUCUUUUAUUUACCUCUGCACCAAAUCUCCAGUGAUCACUGAGGAUCCACCUCAUUCCUCUUCAUGAACAUUCUUUUGACUAUCUUUUAGGGCUCUACCCAUUUCUGUCCCCUUCCAUCAUUCAUCUUUUGUCCAUACAGGUUACAAUUCUGAUAGUGAAUUUCAACUAUUUUCAUGCCUUUAUCACUAAGAAAACAAAUAACAGCGGGUAUUUCACAAUCAGUGGGAUUCUCAAUCAACAGAGGGAUUUGAAUUGCUUAUAUACAUGAUUCAUUUUUGCUGUAAUGGCAUAUGUGGCUUACCAACAGCCGAAGAUUGAGACGGUAUGUAAGUGUAUGACACUAACCACAGCACUGGUAUUAUAAAACAGUACUUUAUAACACGCCUCAUAUUUUUAGACAUAAAAUUCAAGUUACUUGGUAUUUUAAUUGUUUUUUAAUAUUAUGUUUGUAAUAUUUAGAAUUGUAAAUUGUAAGAAUUUAUUAUAAUAAAAAUGUUUAUAAAA